UGGACGCAUCCCGCAUAUAUGGUAGGGACGAUGAGAAAGAUGAAAUGGUCAAAAUUUUAGUGUCAAACAAUGGCAGUGACAACCAAACACCUGUAUCUAGCAUAGUUGGUCUAGGUGGGAUGGGUAACCCACCUUUGCUAAGCUCGUGUACAAUGAACGUAGGAUUGAGGAUCAUUUUGAACUUAAAGCAUGGGUUUAUGUUUCCGAACCUUUUGAUGUUGUUGGACUCACCAAAGCAAUUCUCAAGUCUUUUAAAUCUUCAGCAGAUGAUGAAUCAAUUUUCAAUUUACUCCAAGAUAAACUACAACACAUACUAACGGGUAAGAAAUACCUGCUUGUUUUAGAUGAUAUCUGCAAUGGGAACGCAGAUUAUUGGGAGCAGUUACUACUUCCCUUUAACCAUGGAUCUUUUGGAAGUAAGAUUAUUGUGACGACACGUGACAAGGAGGUAGCAUAUGUCCUGAAUUCCACCAAAAUAUUUGAUUUACAACAAUUAGACAAAAGAGAUUGUUGGAGUUUAUUUGUGACACAUGCGUUUCAUGGAAAGAACACGAGUGAAUAUCCAAGUCUGGAAUCAAUUGGCAAGAAAAUAGUAAACAAGUGUGGAGGUUUACCUCUAGCAGUAAAAACAAUGGGCCAACUCUUGCGAAAAAAAUUCUCUCAACAUGAAUGGAUAAAGAUAUUGGAGACUGAUAUGUGGUGUUUAUCAGAUGUUGACAACAACAUUAAUCCGGUGCUGAGAUUGAGUUACCAUAAUCUCCCUUCCAAUCAGAAGCGUUGUUUUUCUUUUUGUUCUAUAUUUCCCAAAGGUAGUCGUUUUGGCAAAGAUGAGUCAAUCAAGCUUUGGAUGGCUGAAGGUUUGUUGAAGUGUUGCGGAGCAGGAAAAAGUGAAGAAGAAUUGGGUAAUGAAAUUUUCAGUGAUCUUGAGUCAAUUUCUUUUUUCCAACAACCAUACCAUCUAAUAGUUGGUAGAUAUAAGAACCACUUUGUCAUGCACGAUCUUAUCAAUGAUUUAGCAAAUUCAGUAUCAGAAGAUUUUUUUGUGCAAAUAAAUGGUUGUAUGGUGGAAGGUAUUCCUGAAAGGACACGUCACAUUCGGUGCUCUCUUCAAUUAACUUAUGUUGAUAAAUCACUAGAGCCAAUUUGUCAGCUUAAGGGACUACGUAGUCUGUUACUAAAAGGCGAUGGAUCUAUAUUGAUAAGCAACGACGUGCAACGUGAUAUGUUUUCACAACUAAAAUAUUUGCGAAUGUUAUCAAUCAAUGGUUGUGGCCUCUCAGAGCUAGUUGACGAGAUAAGCAAUUUAAAGCUUCUGCGUUAUCUAGACCUUUCUUACACUCAGAUUACAAGCUUACCUGACGCCAUUUGUAUGUUGUGUAAUAUGCAAACACUCUUGUUAGGAAACUUUGAUAAAUUGACUGAGCUCCCUUCAAAUUUUUCCAAACUCAUCAAUUUACGUCAUCUUAAACUCCCUUAUUCUUUAAAGAAGAUGCCAAAGCAUAUAGGAAAUUUAAGCAAUCUCCAGGCCUUGCGUUAUUUUAAGGUGGAAGAGCAAAACGGAUCUGAUCUUAAAGAGUUGGAGAAACUUAACCAUCUUCAUGGAACACUUCAAAUUACAGGGCUGGGUAAUGUCAUUGAUCUUGUAGAUGAUGCGGCAACAAUUUUGAAAAAUAAAAAGUAUUUAGAAGAAAUACUCAUGACAUUUAAUGGCGGAAGAGAAGAAAUGAGGGGUUCAUAUGUUGUAAGACAAGUGUCUAUCUUGGAUGCCCUUCAACCGAGUAGCAACUUGAAGAGGCUCACCAUUAAGAACUAACGUGGCAAUAUGUUUCCUUCUUGGCUAAACGGUUGUCAUUUACCCAACUUAAUAUCUCUUAAACUGCAGAAUUGUAGAUCAUGUUCCCAUUUUCCACCACUUGGACAACUCCCAUCUCUCAAGGAGCUUUCUAUUUCAAGCUGUAACGGAAUAAAGAUCAUUGGCGAAGAGUUUUAUGGCAGUAACUCAAUAAAUGUUCCGUUCAAGUCCUUAGAAGUUUUGGAGUUUGAGAGGAUGAACAACUGGGAAGAAUGGUUAUGUAUUGGAGGGUUUCCUGUGCUUAAAAGUCUUUGUAUAAGAAAUUGUCCCAAGUUGAAAAGAGCUCUGCCUCAAUAUCUUCCUUCUUUAGAAAAGCUGAAGAUUUUUAGCUGCGGAGAGUUGGAAGUGUCAAUUCCUAAGGCUGAUAAUAUCAUAGAGUUAGAGGUAAAGGGAUGUGAUCGGAUUUUGAUAAAUAAACUGUCAUCCAGCUUGAAAAAGUUUGUCCUUAGUGGAAUUCGGUACGCUGAAUUCUCCCAAGCACAUAAUUUAAUCAACAAUCCCAUUUUGGAAGGAUCGGAGUUGGAUUUGGGUUGCUAUAAUUCUCUUCACACACUAUGUUUAAAAGGCUGGAACUUCUCCCUUGUUCUCUACACUUGUUGUAGUUGUCAUGAUAUACAUAGAAUUUACGUUGAAGAAUGUAUGAGAAUAAUUAUAUCAAUAAUUGACAUUUUUCAUUCAUAA